ACGCCUGACGUCAGCGCUGAGGUGGAGCAGAGCCCCGUAGUGAAGACACGGGCUCGCCGCCUAGCCUACAACACGCACUGAGAAAUUGGUAGUCUGGGAUGGCACCAAUGCCUGGUCCCACACAACAAACACUUUCCCCAAACGGUGAGAAUAAUAACGACAUCGUUCAAGACAAUGGCACCAUUAUUCCUUUUCGGAAGCAUACAGUGAGAGGGGAGCGUUCUUACAGUUGGGGAAUGGCUGUCAAUGUGUAUUCAACGUCGGUAACCAGUGAGAAUAUGAGCCGGCAUGAUAUCAUGGCUUGGAUUAACGAUACUGUGUGUUUAAACUACUCAAAGAUUGAGCAGCUUUGCUCAGGUGCAGCUUAUUGCCAGUUCAUGGAUAUGUUGUUCUCUGGCUGUAUUAGUUUGAAGAAAGUAAAAUUUCAGGCUAAGUUGGAACAUGAGUAUAUUCACAAUUUCAAACUGCUGCAAGCUUCUUUUAAAAGAAUGAAUGUAGAUAAAGUUAUUCCAGUAGAACGAUUGGUUAAAGGUCGCUUUCAGGAUAACUUGGAAUUCAUCCAGUGGUUCAAGAAGUUCUUUGAUGCAAAUUAUGAUGGUAAAGAGUACGAUCCAGUGCUUGCUCGACAAGGUCAAGAUGCUACUCCUCCACCCAAUCAUGGUGAACAAAUUUUUAAUUUGCCAAAGAAAACAGCAAGCUCACCAAGUGCAGGUGCUGCUGCUCCAAAAAGCACUCCAUCUCCUAAAUCAGCGUCAACACCAUCUAGGCCAACUUCAGCUCAAGCUAGAAAGGCACCAGGAGCAAAAAGUGGUGGUGAUGCAGAAUCACAUAUUGCACAAUUGAAUGAGCAGGUGAGUUCAUUAAAACUCGCACUUGAAGGAGUUGAAAAGGAAAGGGACUUCUACUUUGGGAAACUGAGAGAAAUUGAACUCAUAUGCCAAGAACAUGGACAGGAGAAUAUUGAACUUGUUCAACGACUCAUGGAUGUGCUCUAUGCUACUGAUGAGGGAAUUGCAGGGCCAGAUGAUGGUCAGGUGCAGGCUGAAGAACUGACUCAGGAACCAGAAGAAUAUUGAUAGCGCAAGCAUCUAUUUCUGAAUGAAGAGCACACUGAGGACUUCUUGGAAUGAAUUACUUCAGUUUGAACAUAAGCGUUUUAUCCUGCAUACUCUGCAUCAGCAAAGUACUGUAUUCCUUCCCCAUUAUCUUACCAUCAUGCAGUUGCAGCAAUUGCCUUUGCAUAGGAGAUUAUGGUAAUUUUGGGACUAAAUUAACACUUUGCAUUAUGGCUAUGUUUAGGCAAAAAUACGGUUUGACAACAUUAAUGAUUUAAACUAUAAUAUCCACUGAAGUUUUAUGAAGUAGUUUCAUUGAUACAAAAUGCAGUAUUACAAAUCCGUAUACAUCAUGUAUAUUUCUGAAAAUUACAUGGAGAAACUGGUCACACAGAUAUUUCUACACAAUACAUAGGUAAUCACAGCCUAUUUAUAAGAACACAUCAUUGACGUAAUGGGUACUUAAAUCUGUAAAGUCUUAUUAAGCUGUAACUUGUUAUGAAAAAUAUCCACAAUUUUGUUGCAUGAUAGAGUAGAUUUGUUUUCAAGACGUGAAUUUCAGUUACUUUAUCUUUAUGUUUAUAUUUAUGGUCUUUGUAUAAAAGUCGACAUAAGAGACCUGUUACUGCAGUGAUGCAUAUAAACCUACAUUCACCAGGAGCUCGGCUAAAUAACAAUAUACUGAUGGUUUUAUGGUUGUAACACUUAGACGGCAAAAGAAAUUAGAAUAAUAGUAUGUGCAUGCAAUUUGGAUACAAUCUGGUUGCUGCAUCAAUGGUAAAAAGACCUGAAUUUGAAUGAUAGUCUUGACUGGUAGCAACAUAUCAGCUUACCUUUGAUGAGAUUUGCUAGACUGGGACCAGUUAUUUGCUAGAGAGAGAAAAUUUGUGAGGAGUGAUUCUUUCUGCACUUAUUAGAUUUGACUGUAUAUCAGCUGAGGAUUAAUGUUCAGAAAUUCUAUGAUGGUUGAUGUGAAACUCAUUGAUUGCAGAGGAAAUGUGGAAGGUCAUUUUAUAAAACAUGGUGCCUGGAAAUAGAAAUAACACUUGGCAUGUAUUACUAGUGUAGACAGGGAAAUCAACUGGUCUUAGCAAAAUUGUUAAAUAUGUACAUAUUGUACACCUGUUUUGUUGAAAUUUAAUGCAUCAGUUACAUAUAACAAAAUGUGUGUUUUCAUCAUGAGUUUAUUGUUUUUUUAUUCUGUUGUUAUUUUUUUGGCUUCCAAAACGGAAUUUUGAUGGGUUUGUAAAAAGGAACUUUUGACAUAUGAAAUGUAUAGAAAUAUAAUUUACUCUGCUACUGGUUUACCUGUUUCAGUUGCAGAUUUGGAAAUGAACAUCAAAUUGGGAGCGGAAGUAGACCAUUGGCUCCUAAAGCCUGCUCUGUAAUUUCAUUAGAUCAUGGUUUACUUAAUUGUAAUCAUAACUCCCACAUUUUUCCAGUCACUGUUCAGCCCGAGCUUUUCAAGUAUCUAGCUACCUCUGUCUGAAAAAUGUUCAUAGAUUAAUUCUAUUGCUUUUUGGAAAAGAGUUCCAAAACCUCAAUUGUUAGAAAGGAAAUUGCCUCAUUUGUUUUAAAUUAGGUAACCCUCUUUCCCCACAUUUUAUUUUUAGUGUGAUUUACAGUGAUGUGCAGUUCUAGAUUCUUCCUCAACAGCAUACAUCCUUUUCACAUCCAACCCUAUUAACAUCCCUCAGUAUAUUUUACUCUUCAACCAAGUUGUCUUUUAAUCGUUUAAGCUCCAGUGGGUAAAAAUCCAACAUUCCCUCCAAACACAACCUGCCCAUUACAGGUAUUUGUCAGAUCAAUCGUUUGUGAACUGCCUUGAAUGUAUUGAACUGCUUACAACAUAUUUACAUAAAUAAGAUCAAUACUGUACACUAUAUGUGGUUUGACUUGUCCUCUAACUGGUAUACCCCAGCUAUAAACACAUUAAUAGCAUAUGAGCUUUUUGCAAGUAAUGCAGGAGGACAUCUCUGUAUCUUAGCGAUAUUUUUGUUUUUCUGGGAAAAGGGGGCAAAUUAUCAUUUCCUGCAUUACAUUCUUUGAUCACUAAGUUAACCUAACAAAUCCGUUCAUGGUCUCCCAUUGUCCGUUUAAAAAAAACAAAAAAAAACUUGUUUCUACCUAUCUUUGUGUCAUCACAAUAUUUAGAAACCGUACCUUUUUACUAUUUUCAUCCAAGUCGGUUCUAAAAGGUGUAAAACAAUGACGUCCCAGCAGCAACUCUUUGGCACACCACUCAUUGCACCUUCAAGCUAAUAUUUUGGUGCUUUGGCUUUUAUACUUGGAGAAAAAUUAUAGUUGGCCCGUUGUCUCAUUGCAGAAAAAGAUAACUAAUCUGCAUUAUUGCUUUAAAAUCUCUUAACUGUUUGUGUAGCAAGUUUCAUGUUUCCAUUUUCCUUUGUGUGCAGAAUUAUCACUUGACAGCGCACCCCAAAAGGUGUUCAGGAUUUUCCUGCCAUAGAAUGUUUAUACUUCCCUAACAAUUCCUUUUAGUUAUCCUAAAUAUCUCUAAAUCAUUUAAUCGUUGAUACUCAAAGGAAUGGAAGCCUAAUUAAAGUUUUCUGCACUUGGUAUUUGGGUAAAUCUACACUAGUUUUUUACCAACCACCAAAGCCAAUAUAUCCACUUCAUGGUGCAAUAACCAGAAAUGAAUACAACACUGAAUUAAUUCCAUCUGGAAAUUUCAUAUAAUGAAUUAAACUUCCACUAUUUUGAAAAGCGGUCCCAUUGUAAAAAAAAAUAAAGCUUAGUAUUCGAUUCGACUUUCCCUUUAAAUUUUAGUGAUUUCUGUACUUCUCUCUCAUGAACACUCUUCUCUUCAAUAUUCUCUUCUGAUCCCUCUCAUCCACUGCUCCACAGCUCUUUGCUUUUUAUCAGUUCAAAAGAAAAAAUGAACUCGACAUUCAUAGAUCCAAAAACGUUGACAGAUUGAAUUACUUCAAAUUCAGUUUUUGUACUCAAUGUUUUUCUACAGCUUUUUGCUCUUACAUCUAACUUUCUAUCAUGAGCAAAUUCAGACAGUCUGCUCUGUUCAACAAUAUUAGUUGUAUAUAUUAAUAGCUGUAGACCCAUUUUAGAUUUCUUAAAGAUAUUAAAGGUCACAUUCUGAUAAUAGAAGAAUGUACAUAUUAUUCCUUUUGGCUUGUACUUCUAAUCAACACCAUCUGUCCUGAUGUUAAUGAGCUUAUUUCUGAUUUUUUAUUUUAUUAUAUUUGUCUUCAUUUGGAUCCUUGUGAAUGGCCGCCUUGAAAUAUUCAUUGAAAUAAGUGUAUAAACAGUUCCUUUUUAAAUUAGUAAUACAUUCAAAUAAAAUUCAUAUAAGAUUUG